AUGGAAAAAAUGUUUGUGUCGAUGCCGUUAACUGAUCCGGUGAAUCAACUGCAUUUACCACCGGGAUUCCGAUUUAACCCGACUGACGAGGAGCUUAUGGUUUGGUAUCUAUAUCCGAAAGUCGCCGAUGACAAUUUUCGACAUCUGAUGAUCACAGAUGUUGACUUGUAUAAGUUUAAUCCGUGGGAAUUACCGAGUAAGGCGAUGUUUGGAGAGAAAGAAUGGUACUUUUUUAGCCCGAGAGAUCGAAAGUACCCGAAUGGGACUAAACCGAAUCGAGUCGUCGGGUCGGGUUACUGGAAGGCCAGCGGAACUGAUAAGGUGAUCAUGUCGGGGAACCAGAAGCUUGGAAUGAAGAAGGUGUUGGUGUUCUACGUCGGUAAAGCUCCAAAAGGGUCCAAAACCAACUGGAUCAUGCAUGAGUAUAGGUUAUCCGAGUCUUCAACAAAGGAUAACACUGGCUCUAGGUUGGAUGAUUGGGUGCUUUGUCGGAUCUACAAGAAGAAUUCAAGCAUUGAGACUAUGAUUUUUGGUAGUCCUAGCACCGAGCAGAUGAAGUAUGUUAAGUUGCAGGGGUCACCAAGCGAUGAAGUUCAAACCGGAAUCCGAACUCAGAUGAUGGAGAACUCUGAUUAUCUAAUUUCAUCAAGUUUUUUCAAUGCAACAGAUUCUUUUGCUAUCUAG